CACACACGCACAGCAAAAGUGAAGUGAAGAUGCUUCUGUCCUUUCGAUCAACAGUCCAGCUCGUAAGCCAUUCACUUCCUCCUCUUCAUUUUCUUCUCCUUCUCCUCCCAGAGCGCCAAACUGUCCCCUUGCCUGGUUUACAGAAGGAACUUGCGCAGCCGGGCUCGGCCAGCUCGGAGGAGGCGAGAGGAGGCACCAGAGAUCCGGAGCACCGUCACCCCUAUAGCGUAUCCGUGGAGAACUACGCGUCGGUAUGGGUGCGCUGACAAAAGGACGUUACCUCUCCAUGGCGGGCCUCCUGCUCCUUGUUUAUUGCACAGUAUCAGUAAUCUCCAAAGGUACCACAGGGGAUGCUCAGCCUGAUGCCCUACCUUCGGUGCAAGGCACCUUGCCGCACUUCAUCCAGGAGCCAGAGGAUGCAUAUAUCGUCAAGAGCAACCCCAUUAAGCUGCACUGUCGAGCCGCACCCGCCUUACAGAUCUUCUUCAAAUGCAAUGGAGAGUGGGUGCACCAGAAUGAGCACUUUUCCCAGGAGUAUAAGGACCUCAACACUGGGCUGAAGGUGCGUGAGGUGAUGAUCAACGUGUCCCGUCAGCAAGUGGAGGAUUUUCAUGGCCCGGAAGACUACUGGUGUCUCUGUGUAGCCUGGAGCCACCUGGGCACCUCUAAGAGUCGUAAGGCUACUGUCCGCAUUGCCUACCUGAGGAAAAACUUUGAGCAGGACCCCCAGGGGAAGGAGGUGCCAAUCAACGGGAUGAUCGUUCUGCACUGUCGCCCUCCAGAGGGAGUGCCUGUAGCAGAGGUGGAGUGGCUAAAAAAUGAGGAGCUGCUGAGUUCCCUGACUGAUGACAACAUCGACACCCGUGCAGACCACAACCUCAUCAUCAACGAGGCACGGCUGUCUGACUCGGGCAACUAUACCUGUCUGGCCAGCAACAUUGUGGCUAAGAGACGCAGUGCCACAGCCACUGUGAUUGUCUUUGUGAAUGGCGGCUGGUCCCUGUGGACAGAGUGGUCGCCCUGUAAUGUGCCAUGUGGGCGGGGUGUCCAGAAGCGAUCUCGAACCUGUACUAACCCGGCACCUCUCAACGGCGGGGCUUUCUGCGAGGGCAUGUCUGUACAGAAGAUCACCUGCAAUGCACCGUGUCCAAUUGAUGGAGGCUGGGACGAGUGGAGUGAAUGGACCGUAUGCAGCAGCCAGUGUGAGAAGCAGCGAAGUAGGGAAUGCAACUCCCCAGCACCCAGACACCGAGGCAAGAUGUGUGAAGGGAACAGCGAGGCCACUGAGAACUGCACAGAUGGACUAUGUACCCAGAAUCGAAAGCUGCUACAUGAUGUUAAACCUCAAAGUAUGGACAGCACCAGUGAUGUAGCACUGUACUCAGGCCUGGGAGCAGGCAUCAUUGCUGUGGCAAUCCUCGUGGUGGCUGUCAUGCUGUACAGGAAGAACCACAGCGAGUACGGCGUGGAUGUCAUCGACUCCUCCGCGCUCACCGGGGGUUUCCAGUCUUUCAACUUCAAGACCACCAGACAAGGCAACCCGCUGCUUCUCAACUCCACGAUGCAGCCUGACUUAACAGUGGGCCGGACAUACAGCACGCCCCUCUGCUUCCAGGACAGCACAGACAAAGAGCUCUUUGACCCCCUGCCAGACAUCAAGGUCAAAGUUCAGAGCUCCUUUAUGGUUUCACUAGGUGUGGCUGAGCGGGCGGAGUUCCACGCCAAAGCCCCUGCUGAGACCUUCCCGAGAGACCUGAGCCGGGACUACAGCAGCACAGCGGAUAGACGCAAGAAAGGCCUGCUCACCCUCAAUGGGCCCUUCAGCACCUGCAAAGAGCAGCUGAGGACCACCGGCGUGUUCGGCCACCCCGGAGGGCGCCUGAUGGUGCCAAACACCGGGGUCAGCCUGCUGGUGCCUCAUGGAGCCGUGGCUGAGAAUAUGUCCUGGGAGAUGUACAUGGUGAUCAAUCAGGGAGAGGCAAGUGUCCAAACACUGGAAGGCUGUGAAAUCCUCCUUGGCCCAGAGGUGAUGUACGGUCCUCCGGGCUUGGACCUCUUCUGCCCAGUGGCCAUGACCAUCGCUCACUGCGCCGAGGUGGACACUGAGAACUGGAACAUCCAGCUCAAGAGGAAAACCCAGGACAGCAAAUGGGAGGAAGUGAUGUCAGUGGAGGAGGAGUCCACUUCCUGUUACUGCCUGAUGGACUCGACAAGCUGCCACCUGCUGCUGGACCAGCCGGGCUCGUACGCCCUGGUGGGCGAGCCCCUGACGCAGGCUGCCAUCAAGAGGCUGAAGCUGGCUGUGUUUGGGAGCAUGGAAGCCGGCUCCAUGAGUUACAGCCUGAGGGUGUACUGUGUGGAUGACACGCCACACGCAUUUCAGGGAGUGGUGGCUGCAGAGAAGACCAGAGGGGGUCAGCUCCUCGAGGAGCCAAAGAUGUUGCCUUUCCGAGCGAACACCUUCAGCCUCCAGGUGUCCAUCCAAGAUGUUCCCCAGUUCCUGUGGAGCAUCAAACCCUUUACCACAUGUCAGGAGUUCUCCUUCCCCCAAGUGUGGUGCAGCAACCAGCAGCCCCUGCACUGUGCCUUCUCUCUGGAGAGAUACAGCCCUGCCACCGCCCAGCUCUCCUGCAAAAUCAGCGUGCGCCAGGUCAAAGGCCACGAGCAGAUUCUGCAGGUCUACACGGCUGUGGCCGAGACUGAAAAGGAGUCGGUUCCAUUUUUUAUGCAGACAGACUGCACCAUCACGUCCCAGACGGGACCCAAGGCCUUCAAAAUCCCCUUGUCCAUCCGCCAGAGGAUCUGUGCCACCUUCGACACUGCCAACGCCAAGGGCAAGGACUGGCAACUCUUAGCCCAGAAGCUCCACUUAGAUCGAAACCUGGGUUAUUUUGCAAAGCAGCGGAGCCCGUCAGCGGUCAUACUGAGCCUGUGGGAGGCUCGCCACCAGGACACUGCUGACCUUGACUCUCUAGCCAGUGCCCUCGAGGAGAUUGGCAAGAUUCACUCCAAAAGCUCCCCCAAGGACCAGGAUGAGCCGGAGUCUGACUUCAAUCACAUACAAGCGGGCAGUGUAUACGGAACGGGCAAACUAACAAAUCAGACAACAGAGGACUCUGCUCCUGAAUAUACAGGCUGAGGGGAAAGAGAGUGAGUGAAAGCUGACAGACUUGGGCAUAUAUCUGUGUACGCACAUGGCCAGUGAUAGACAACACACCACGGCAGUGCACUGGAAGGUCACAAGGUUGUGAGUGCACAGUGCGAGCAGUCAACAUGCCGACCAAUUACAAUAGAGGGAGGUGAGCCGGUACCUGCUGUGGAUCUACCCCUCUCUUUUAAGAAUCUGUCUGAAGAUGGACUGUACAUUUUUUCUGCCUUUCCACUCCAUUUUAAGUUAAUUUUUAAUUUAUUUGUUGUUUCACAUUAAAGCUGCCCCUCUGUAUAUUCAUUUUUCAGGUCAGAGGGUGAGCGGGUUAAAUCCUGAACUUUGAUGCAUAUUAUUUUCUGAAUUUGUGUUAAAUUAGAUCCUUUUUAUCUCGCUAGGGACUGUCACUACCACCUCCCCUCCUUUUCCCAGUGGUCCACCCAGCAGCUGGACAUAUUUGCAUACAAGUUCUUAUUUGCAAAUAAGAUGAUACAACUGUGGCGUCAUUUCAGAGACACAUGAUCAGAUUUCUUAUUUUUCCCCACACCACAUCCCUGUGUCAACGAGUGAAUGAGGACUUCAAAGCUACGUUUUUUGGCGUCCAAUAUUAUAUUUUUAAAAGGAAGCUGCUGAUUGCUUAAAUGUUGUGGUUGUGAACUUUUAAAGCCAAGUAUCUUGACAUUCGCCCAUUUUCAUCUCUCAAAAAAAUCUAGUCUAUGGGAAGAUAAAAAAUUCUCAUAGACAACCAGUGUUGUAUGAUCAUUUAUUUAAAAAACAAACAGUUAAGAGAAAUACAGUAUCAGCCCCAGUUUAAUCAUAAAGGACAGCACGAUCAGAGUGUGACCUCCCAUGUGUUAACCCAUAAGGGAAAAACGAUGAUUGUGGCAUAAUGUGGCAGAGUGAGAUUUCUAACCGUGGCAUUGCAGUUCAUUACAGUUUCCUCCACCAAGCGAUAGAGAGGAAGGAAACUGUAAAACAUCAUUUCCUGGCACGGCAGGGAGUGCAUCGCCACGUCUUAUCACCCAAUUCCCCCCUCUAACACCCGUCACACAGACCUCAUAUCAGGCCCUGACACACCCGACUGCCCCCGCCACCCCCUCACCCCAAACACAUGCAGACACACACACUGACAUUUCAUGGCUACAGAGGUCAUGGGCACGUCGAGGCUGUGUGAAUUUGCAUAUUGUACAACAAAACAAAAAAGGAAUACUGAUGGUCACGGUGUCAGAGAUACAACAUGCUGUCACUUUUCUGUUCAAACAGCUUGAUCUCAUAGAAAUGCAUCAAAUAGUCACGACCUCUUAACAACACAUAAUGUGGUGGUGGGCAUGAAAUUUAGUGAAUAUUUAGUGCUGGCAACACAAAAACAACGGCAAUGCAAAGUCAGUCAGAAUCUUUUGUUGUGAAGGACACUUGAAUUAGUAUAAGUACAGAAUAAGAAUAAGUAUAAAGAGCGAGAAAAUUCAUGUAAGGUGGCCAAGGGGCUAUGGAUAGGUCAAACAUGCAUGGACUUUUAACCAGGAGACUUCUGUUUGUGUCACAUGUCAACAUAUUUUGUUGUUUAAAAAACGCUACUCAACUAAAUACAAUCAUUUCUUAUUUUCUUUGAUAUUUUUGUCAUAGACGGAUGAUACAAAGAUGACUGCUAGGUAAUUCAUAUGUUGAUGCUGUCCGAUGUAAAGUCUUUAUUUGAUCAUGUGAUGAGAUGCUAGGAUAUAUGGAAAUCUGGCACUGGUGCCUGUCAUGACUAGCUUACACCACUGAAGGGAUCCUUUCCAUAAUGUCGUCAGACUAUUCCAGUAACAAUCUGAGCCAUGUUGUUCCCAUUAGUCACUUAGGCACAACAACAUUAAAAAUAUGGUCCAGGUAGAAAAAUACUAAAGUUACUCUUUAACCAAGUUUUUCUUCUUUUUAUUAUUAUUUUUCUCUAAAUCUAACCAAGUCUUUUUCUUUCCCUGAACCUAACAAAACUGUGACCAUUUGUAAAAGACUUUGCAUUGGCAUGGUUUUUGUGUUGCCAGCAUGUAAUUUUAAUAAAUUUUGUGCCCACUACAAUGUAGUGCAUUGUUAAGAAAUGCAUUACAUGUCCAUUUCGGGUAUUUCUGUGAGACUGUGUUGAUUCAAAUCACACUAAACACACAUCAUACUGACAGAAUGAUAAAAACAAAAAAGCUUGCUGACCAUUACAUUGCCAAAAAUAAAUGAAUAACAGCAACAUAUCAUUCCAGAGACAGUGUCCUGGUUACUCUGGAAAAUCCACAGAACAUACUGUUAACAGUUUUCUAUGGGGAAAACAGCCCCACAAAUGAAAUUCUGUUUACCUCCAUUCUACUGGGGUUUUUUAGGUAGAAAUCUCAGAGGCAGAUAUCUUAAAACUUGGACAAAUAAGAUUUUAAGAAAUAUAUUAGUACUCUGAUUUUUAAAUAUGCUAGGCUAGGCUAAACUAGACUAGGCUAAUGUAUACUCAAAUAGAGGAGAGCUAGUCAGUGUGUGGAGCUGUAGAGGCAGGUUAUAAUUGUUCACUUCUAAAAAGAGCUGACUUACAGCAGCAGGGAAAAGACUGACUUUUCUGAAUUCUAUACACUUAAUCACACAUCCGCCCCUUUGUGUGGAGUGUUCGGAAGGGUUAGCUACAGGGAGCUUCGUCCCAUCUGUAACCCCAGCACUUCUCUGUGAUUCUGUGACACAACACUACACAGACUUCAGGGGGGAAGUUAUUUUUCAUGAAUUUACAUGUCUGUCCUCCCAAAAUAAUAAAAUGUUUGCCUGGGGUAAAACCACCAUAUAACACAGACUCCAUUUGGCCACUGCCUCUUCUUUCUGUAAGCUAGCAGAGUAGCCUAAACGUGCAUCUAGCGAGGAAGAGCAGCAUAGCAGAAGGACACAGUAGAUGGUUAUGGAUUUAAACAUUCGUUUGCCCCAGGAAAAACAUUUUGUCAUUUUAGGCAGACUUCAAAUACAUUUGGUAAUACAAGUGACUGCUGGAUAACAGGUAUAAAAUAGCAGUUUUGCAUAGAAAACACUACAUUAGCUUGUGACCAAGUCAUUUCAGUGAGGGUAUACUUAAGCAUUUGGUGUAAAACACCCUAAAUGUUGGCUAUUUUUAAGUGUUGUUAAUCACUGUUAAAAUGAACAAAAAUAUGCUAAUUGUGACCUGUAGACUAUGACAUGAUGCCAUUUUAUUGACCUACUGUUUCACUACAACAUAGGCCCUAUUUUGGCCCUGAAAGGGCCCUGUGGCCCUAGUUUCCCACAUUUUCUGCCUAUAUGACUAAUGGGAACAACAGUUUUUUUUAAAAGUAGUCCAGUACUGAGCAAGAGAGCUGCAGCGACAAAACAAGCUACAAUCUACAGUGGCAUGCAAAGGUUUUGGCACCUCUGGUCAACAUUUCUUUUACCGUGAAUAGUUAAGUGAGUAUAUAACUGAUCUCCAAAAGGCAUGAAGUUAAAGAUGAAACAUGCUUUUCAACACACGCAAGAUUACUAUAUUCAAUUUUGUUGAGUACAAUUUUAGAGAGAAAAAAGGAAAGGAGCACCAUGCAAAAGUUUGGGCACCCCAAGACAUUUGACUGACAACAUUUAAUAGGGUGUCAGACCAUAAUUAGCUUAGUCGGGCUAUGGCUUGUUCACAGCCAUUGUUAGGAAAUUUCAAAGCUUUAUAAAUACUCUGACUCCUGAAACCUUGUCCC